AUGGGUUUCAAACUCUUCCCCAACCUCAUUAUUCCCUUGUUGUUUCUAAUACCGUUUUCGUCUCCUAAGCCUCGUGCUUAUGGGCAACUUGAUUACAAUUUUUAUGAUAGAUCAUGCCCUAAUUUGUCUAUGAUAGUAAGAUAUGGUGUUUGGGCAGCUUUAAGGAAUGACACCAGAAUAGCUGCAUCCCUUCUUCGCUUGCAGUUUCAUGAUUGUUUCGUAAAUGGUUGCGAUGGUUCGGUGCUCCUUGAUAACACUGAAAAUUUCAUGGGAGAGAAGAAUGCGUUACCUAACCGCAAUUCAGCUCGAGGGUUUGAAGUGAUUGAGAAUAUAAAGGCAUAUGUUGAACGAGCUUGUCCGUUAAUUGUUUCAUGUGUUGAUAUAUUAACUCUAGCAGCUAGAGAAGCUGUCUUUCUGUCUGGAGGGACCCCCUGGCCUGUGGGAUUAGGCCGGAGAGAUGGGUUCACUGCAAGUGAGAACGCGGCGAAUGAAAAGUUACCGUCGCCUUUUGAGCCUCUGGGAAAUAUCACUGCUAAGUUUGCAGCAAAUGGUCUUGACUUGAAGGAUGUUGUAGUUCUAUCAGGAGCACACACUAUAGGUUAUGCUCAAUGCUUCACAUUCAAGAAUAGACUGUUCGACUUCAAAGGCACUGGAAAGCCUGAUCCACUUCUUGAUUCUUCACUUCGCUCCAACUUGCAAAGUACAUGCCCUAAUGUAGAUGGAUCAAACAGCAACCUUGCUCCACUUGACUCCCAAACUGUUUACAGAUUCGACAAUACGUAUUAUAAGAACCUCGUGAACAAAAUGGGACUUCUUGAAUCUGAUCAAGCCUUAAUGGGGAAUCCAAGGACUGCUGCAAUGGUGUAUGACUAUAGCAUGUACCCUUCUCUUUUCUCCAAGGAUUUUGCAGCAUCCAUGGUGAAGCUUGGAAAUAUUGGGAUACUCACUGGCAAAGAUGGGGAGAUUAGGAAGAAAUGUGGAUCUGUAAACUAG